CACAAUCAUAUAAAAAGAAUUGUCGACGUGCUGCAGGUUCAGAGCUGACAUAUCAGACGAUCAAAAUGGCAACUGAUAAAGACGCAAUGUUUACAUUCAGAGGGUAUGGAAAAAACUUCGUAAGAGUUUUACAUGUGACGCGUACUGGUAACAUUCAUCAUGUAAAAGAGCUUGAAGUGAAUACACAACUUUCCUUGUAUUCAGAUAAAGAUUACACACAUGCUGACAAUUCAGACAUAAUUGCCACGGAUACGCAGAAAAAUACAGUGUACGCCUUAGCCAAACAAAAUGGGAUAACAAACAUUGAGGAAUUUGCGAUGCAGUUGGCAGAACACUUUCUACGAAAUGACAGCCACGUUAAGAGAUCGCAUAUAUACAUAGAGCAAGUUCAAUGGAAAAGAAUGGCAGAUGGGAAACAUAUCCACGCAUUUGUAAGCUGCCCAGAGGUGACAAGAACAUGUAGAGUGAUACAGCACAAAAAUGAAAAACCCUUGGUGACUUCAGGGCUGAAAGGGUUCAAGAUAAUGAAAACGACCAAGUCUUCCUUCACUAACUUCCACAAAGAUGAAUAUAGAAGUCUUCCAGAUAUGGAAGAUAGAAUAUUCUGUACAGUUGUAGACGCAACUUGGACGUAUAGCAGCUUACGGUCGCUGGACUUUGAUUGGGCAUGGAAUACAAUAAAGCAAUGUGUGGAGGAGACAUUUGCAGGGUGUCCUAAAGAAGGUAGCAAUUCACCAUCAGUUCAGAAUACACUUUAUCUCACACAAAAGCAGGUCCUUGCCAAAGUUCCACAGGUUGAUGAGAUGACAAUAGCCCUGCCCAAUGUCCAUGCUUAUCCAUUUGAUUUCUCCAAGCUGCCACAACUCAAUAUAAAGGAAAACAAUGAGGUGUUCGUGCCCUAUGAUAAACCAUCAGGCAAUAUAACAGCUGCUCUCAAACGAAGGCAUAUCUCCAAGCUUUAGGGAAGAUUUGGCUGCAAUGACAAAUUCUCUUCUGGCGGCACGUAGAGCUCUAGCAAUAAUACUGCAGAUUCUACAUAACGACUAUGCCCGAGGCCUAUGUUCGCUAAUAUAUUGAUCCUAACUAUACAAAUGGACCAUAUUUCCUUAACUAUAUUUAUUUUUUAUGUUCUUCUCACCACAUAUUUGUGAUGAAAUGUACAUUUUAAUAUAACAAGAUUUCUAAAACACUGUCCCAGGUUUAUGAGAGAUGUUAACUGACAGAUACCAUUAAAUACAGCUAUGUCAUGUAAAAUGCAAUAAGAUAGAUUCUUGAAACUACGUCUUUUACUCUAUCUUAAUUCAAUUGAAUUAUCAUAAGAUGAUUAUUAUCUCUGUCAGUACAGUACAAGAAAUUUUCAUACAAUUGGACUUGAUUUAACAUUCUACAAAAAAGAAAAUGUCACAUGUACAUAUUCCAUUCCAUUGUGUCAUUAUCAGUAAGAAGAAUGGGGAUUUUCUUGGUGUAAUAUUUUUGUUUUAUUUUUUUAAUUUUUGAAAAAUUGGAACCAAAUUAAUUACCUAGAUGCUAAUAUUUACUUACCAAUUUCACCACCAUGUGGCUUACACAUGUCUGAAAACAUGGCAGACAUAAGAAAGGUCUCCUAAACUUAAAUUAUAGAUAUUAGAUUUAGUGAAUCAAUCUUGAAUGAAACCUUUAUGGUUUUGUGUUUUGCCAUUUUGGGUUAUGCCACAUGUUGAGUGAAAGAAAAAAUGAUUAUCUGUUAAAUGCAGCUGAAGAUAUUUCCCUUUUCAUAUGAUUUAAGAAUGAUUAUAAAACACUGUGGACUGUUGAUUCAUAUGAAUGUACAAAAUAUUUUAGUUAUAAGUUUACAAUAAGUUGUGUAAUUGAUACACCUGCUAGUGUUCUUUCAACCGAAAAUAAAACAUAUAAACAUUAUUUUAUUUAUUACAUCAUCUAUUUUUCUGUGUUGUUUAUAUUGUAUAA